UUUAACCAAUAGGCGAGAACGUUGUUGGGUUAGAAACCAAUUAGGAAUCUGGAGGAGGAGAAGCGGCGGUAGUCUGAGGAUGUAGUGACCGAUUUGAAGAAACAUGGGGCUGUAUCAGAGGUGGCGAUCGCUCCGUCUCCGGCUCGGGCUCCUGGGGUUGCAAGCCUUCGAGCUACACUCGGUGCGUGAGGCCUCUGUGUCUGUCACUCCACAUUGGUUGGCGGAGCGAUUUGGCGUCUUUGAGGAGCUAUGGGCUGCUCAGGUAAAAAGGUUGGGAAGCAUGGCACAGAAGGGACCCCGGACUAUUAAGAUAUCACUUCCUGGAGGCCAAAAAGUGGAUGCUGUGGCGUGGAACACAACCCCUUACCAACUAGCCCAGCAAAUCAGUUCAACACUGGCUGAUACUGCAGUGGCUGCUCAAGUGAAUGGAGAACCUUAUGAUCUAGAGCGGCCCUUGGAGACAGAUUCUGACCUCAGAUUUCUGACAUUCGACUCCCCAGAGGGGAAAGCAGUAUUCUGGCACUCUAGCACCCACGUUCUGGGGGCAGCAGCUGAGCAAUUCCUGGGCGCUAUUCUCUGCCGAGGUCCAAGUACAGAAUAUGGGUUUUACCAUGAUUUCUUCCUGGGAAAGGAGCGGACAAUCCAGGGCUCAGAAUUGCCUGUUUUGGAGCAGAUUUGCCAGGAGAUUGUAGCUGCUGCACAACCAUUCCGGAGGCUAGAGGCUUCAAAGGAUCAGCUUUAUCAGCUUUUUAAGGAUAACCCCUUUAAGCUUCGUGUGAUUGAGGAGAAAGUGAGAGGUCCAACAGCAACAGUGUAUGGAUGUGGUAUGUUGGUUGAUCUUUGCCGGGGCCCCCACCUUCGGCACACUGGACAAAUCGGAGGCCUGAAGCUGCUAACGAACUCCUCAUCCUUGUGGAAGUCUUCAGGGGCUCCAGAGACACUACAGAGAGUGUCAGGAAUUUCAUUCCCCACAGCAGAGUUGCUGAGGGAAUGGGAAGCCCAGAGGAAAGAAGCAGAGUUGCGGGACCACAGACGCAUUGGGAAGGAACAGGAGCUCUUCUUCUUCCAUGAACUGAGCCCUGGGAGCUGCUUCUUCCUGCCUCGAGGGACAAGGGUGUAUAAUGCCCUGGUAGCUUUUAUCAGGGCUGAGUAUGCCCGCCGUGGUUUCUCAGAGGUGAAAACUCCCACACUGUUUUCUACAAAACUCUGGGAACAGUCAGGACACUGGGAACAUUAUAGGGAAGACAUGUUUGCCCUGCAGCCCCCAGGCAUAAACAGGCCUGCCAGCUCCCAGAGUGACCACCCUGCCAGUCAUCCCACAGACACACUUGCCCUCAAGCCCAUGAACUGCCCUGCACACUGCCUGAUGUUCGCCCACCGGCCCAGAUCCUGGCGGGAACUGCCCAUUCGACUUGCUGACUUUGGAGUCCUGCACCGGGCUGAGGCCUCUGGCAGUCUGGGAGGACUGACUCGGCUGUGGCGCUUCCAGCAGGAUGAUGCUCAUAUCUUCUGUGCACCAGAUCAGCUAGAAGCAGAGAUACGAGACUGUCUUGAUUUCCUUCGCUCUGUGUAUGCUGUCCUUGGCUUCUCCUUCCGCCUGGCAUUGUCCACCCGGCCAUCUGGCUUCCUAGGGGAACCUAGCCUUUGGGAUGAGGCUGAGCAGGUUCUUCAACAGGCCUUGGAGGAAUUUGGAGAACCCUGGGACCUUAACCCUGGAGAUGGUGCCUUCUAUGGGCCAAAGGCGGGGGCCCUGAAGCAUCCUGUCCUCAUUCACCGAGCAGUGCUUGGUUCUGUGGAAAGGCUAUUAGGAGUGCUGGCAGAAAGCUGUGGAGGAAAAUGGCCACUGUGGCUGUCCCCAUUCCAGGUGGUGGUCAUCCCUGUGGGGACUGAGCAAGAGGAAUAUGCCAGGCAGGUACAACAGAGCCUGCGGUCUGCAGGACUAGUCAGCGACCUGGAUGCUGACUCUGGACUGACCCUCAGCCGAAGAGUCCGCCGGGCCCAGCUUGCCCACUACAAUUUUCAGUUUGUGGUUGGCCAGAAGGAACAGAGUAAGAGAACAGUGAACAUACGGACUCGAGAUAAUCGGCGACUAGGGGAGUGGGACUUGACUGAUGCUAUGGAGAGGCUGCUGGAGCUGCAGAACACCCGGGUCUCCAAUGCUGAAGAAAUUUUCUGAGCCUUUGUAUACAGAUGACGCAAAAACCCUGAGAGCCAUCAGCCUCCCUUCACACAGGAGACUCUAACCCAGCUGAUAGUCCCCCAGAAUCCUCAACUGCAUGUGUCCCCUCUCCUGAAAAUAGACUUGUUUGGGGGCCCCACAGAGGGAGGGAAGCUGUACUGUUUGGAUGGAGAAGAAUGAAAAUAAACUUGAAGCUGCAAGGGCAUGUGUCUUCAUCUCUGACUCCUAAGGACGAUAAAAGGAAGUUCUACUCUGUCUCUUUUGUCCCAGAGUUGAGGAAAAGGGAUAACCAGCCCUCUUACUGGCAGGGUUACUGCCUCAAGCAGUUGUCUUGUUCCUCCAACCCCAAAUUAGUAGGUUUUCAGAUCCAUUCUCCACAAAGGGCAGUAUGCAGGUGGAGAACCUGAGGCAUAAACUAAGGUCUCAAGUGUCUCC